CAGAAAUGUCCUUAAACUCUAUUCUAUAGUAUGAAUAUGGAAAAGAUCAGUUCAACCAAUUACCGGUUUUUAUAUCUCAAAGGGGGAUAAGAGUGGGCGAAGACAAAUCAUUUUAACGAAGUUAGUUAUAAAGGAAAAAGAUUAACAUUCUAUUAUGUAUUUGAGUACUUUGUUUAUUCUUCUGUUUCCUUGGGCAGGUUACAGUCCAUUUAGGCAUAGAUGUGAAUUUAGCAUCCUUUUAUCUGUCGGGGAAACAUAACCACAGGAAGAAUUUGAUGUUUUCCAGUGAUAAAGAAAAAGCUAGUGGAAAAAAAGUUUACUUGGUAGAUUCCAAGUAAGUUUGGACAAUAUUUGGUUGAAGUUGAAAAAAAAAAAGAGUAUUUGAAGUUGAAGUUGAAAAAGAGUAUGUGGAAGUUGCAAAUCACGUCCAUAGCAGAAUUCCGAAAGAGUGGCAACUUGCUUUCUUAUGUACAAUUGAAACUAGUAUAAGAUCACUCGCCCUGAAGAUGCAAUGGGAGCCUCCAGUGGACCAAGGUUAUCCGGGAUGCAGAAGCAAGUGCUUGCUCUUUAUAGGGGAUUCCUAAGAGCCGCACGCUCCAAGCCUGUUGAGGAGAGAAGGCAAAUUGAGUCAAUUGUAUCAGCUGAGUUCCACAAAAAUUCUAAGCAAGUUGACCGUAAGAACUUUAUUUUUAUUGAAUACUUACUUCGUCGUGGUAAGAAACAACUUGAUCAGCUUAAAAGCCCUGAUACUGUUGGAUUGUCAUCCUUGAGUGUUGAUUCUUCACGAACUAGGAACUCAUCCUCCUAGAUUUUUCUUACAAAAUUCACUCGUGUUCAACUUUAUUGGUGUUGGUUGAUUGUAUCAUCUCUUUUGCUGGGAUUAGCAUUGGGCAUUUGAAGGCCAAAUUUUAUUUACAAACACAUAUACUGGGAUUCAGAAACAUAUGUACGGUGUUAAGAGUUUGUAAUGUACCAUUAUCUAGAGUGAGAAUCAUAGUUGCUGUAAGAGCAAUAUAACGACUGGCAAGUGAUCCUUUUUGGGGAAAAGAGACAGGCAGAUGGUUUUGAAACAAAGAAAAUUCAUUUUUGACUCGUAUAAAUGAUGAAAUUUUGUUUUGGUUCUCUUCAAUAAGGAGCUUGAUUAUUCCAAUAGUAAGAGAAGAGUUGGGAGCUUUUACAACAUUAGUAAAUUCAUUUGCUGGCUGUUCCUGAAGUUUACAUAAACACUUGCAUACAAUUAUCACGGUAUUUCAAUAUUUUGAUGGCAUUUACGUUUUCUUCAGCAGAAAUGCAAGCCAAGCUUGAUAGAAACAGACAGUUCAAAAGUUUGGAAAAAUCUUAAAGAGUAUUAACUAUGCUUGAAUAGUAGUGGUUGUAGUAGCUGUUAAUUCCAUGAUGUGCAUAUGCGCGUCUAACUCUGAGAUAUUAAUCAUUCUAGGUACAGUAGUUGCUACUUGCUAAUUUGUAAUUUGAACAUCAUAAUAGUGAUUUCUUAGUAGUAUGAAUUCAACCUCUUAUCUCA